AAUCAAAAACGUUUGUUGGUAUAUUUAGAACAAUUCUUACGUCUUACUGAUGAAAAUGGAGUCACUUUCUUCGACUUUAAAGGACGAUUUUCUUACGUGUACAAUUUGUUAUGAGGUUUUUAGCGAACCAAAAACGCUACCCUGCUUGCAUUCUUUCUGUAAAUUUUGCAUUAGUGGUUUUAUUAAAACUAAUGAAUUAAAACCACCUUAUCAUUGCCCAGUUUGCAGGGAAAACUUUGCAUUGGAAGUUGAUGAAAUAAAAACAAAUUUUUGCUUGACAAAUAUGAUUGAUUUAGUUAAAAAAUCUGAUGAACUUUUUUGUUCAUUCUGUAAACUAUUGGAUGAAAAUCGUCCCGCCCUUUUCCAGUGUCUAACUUGUCUGGAUUAUCUUUGUGAAGAAUGUGCAAAAAUGCGUCACUCUUUCACGCGUCAGACGAGAAAUCAUCAAGUUGUUUCCAUGAAAGACAUCAAAACAGGAAAACACGAUAACGAAAUUAGGUUAGCUCAGAAGACAAGAUGUUCUAGUCAUACAGAUGAAAUUUUGCUUUUCUUGUGUACCUCAUGUCAAGCACCUGUUUGCCGUGACUGUCUUAUAUAUAAGCACAGAGAGCAUGGAUUUAAACCCAUCGCGGAUCUUCGUAAAGAAAAGGAACAAAAAAUCAAUGAAAUUAUCGAUCCGCUUAAGAAAAAGCUAGAGGAUCUGCAAAAGUCUAGUGCAGUUUUAUCAGUAGAAAUAAAUAGUUGCGAAGCAAAUGAAAAUGUAAUCGUCCGGGAAAUUGAAGAAAGAUUUUCAGAGGCAAUCGAGAGUUUACGAAGAUCUCAAACAAAAUUGACGGAAGACAUCAGAAAUAAGAUGAAAUUACAGAAAGAUCCUUUGCACAACGCAUUCCAAAAUAUUGAAAAGCAUUGUAAAAGUAUUGAGGAAUCACUAACGUUUUCAGCUAACAUUUCAAAGGGAGGAAGUGAUUUUGAAAUCCUCAAUAUUCUGGAUGAAAUUUAUGACCGUGUACUAAAUCUAAACGAAUCAACUUGCACAAAGACAUCUGAAUGCCUAAAUUUAGAUAUCCCCCAUUUUAAAUUGUUGUGGAAAAAGACUCAACUACUUGAUCCUUCCUUUGAACAAACAGACAUAUUGUCACUAGAAAUUAAAACAAAACGUGCAUCACAGCUGUUCACUACAAACAGAAGCGAAACGAAUGAAAACAAUGCAGGACUGCUGAGGGAUCAUUCGGCUUCAAGUUCACUGAUUACAGACAAGAGAGGCAUAAGCGAUAACUUGAAAAAUGUUAAGAAAAAAAGUAUUCUUAAUUUGAUAAAAAAAUUAAAUUUCAGUGAUAAUGACGACAAAUAUACGCCAGUUUACUCCAGUGUGACCUGGACUCCAGAUGGCCGUGUUGUAGCUAUUGACAAGGAAAACGAAAAGGUAAAGAGUUUAACCCUGUCAUCGAAUAGUCGAAAAUCGAUCAAGUUUCCCCGAGUUCUUUCGAUAUCUUCAAACCUCAAUGGUUUUCUCUGCAGAACACAAAUUGAUUCCCAAAUGUUUAUAAUGAACAGACAGCUAGAAAUUCAAGAACAGCACGAUGGAGUAUCAACCAUAGUUUGUACUUCGCCAAAUGAUAAUGCGUCUAUGUGGAUGACAAGAGACAAGAUAUUUACAAAAAUAAAUGGAAAUCAAACAAAAAUGAUACCAAUUUCUGACGACAGAGAAGAAGUGAAGGCAUUUGGAACACCCACAUAUGCGUGCUAUCUUCCAAAUAAUACUUUUGCAGUUUCUGAUUUUGAUAGAAACUGUGUUUUUCUCAUAAACAAUAGUGGAAAAAUUGUUAGAAAAAUUUUACAUCGUCCGGGGUCAAUCAGUUGCGACAGUGUAGGAAAUAUGUUUAUUGCAGACUUUCUAAACAAUUCUAUUUCAGUGUUUGAUGUAAAUGGAUUGUGUUUGUCAAUUUGUGACAUUGGGAUGUGGCAGACAGCACCGAGGUGCAUUUCUGUAUUUAAAAAUAGAAUGCUAGUUGCAGGUGAUAAUCAGAUAAUCAUGUAUGCUGUUCAAAAUCAUUGAAUGGAAUCUUUCCAUGAAUUGUGGGGAGAUUAAAUAUUCACAAAUGACAACAAAUCAAGAUUUACUGAUGUACAUUUUAUUUGUUUUUGUACGUAUAUAUUAAACAAUUCAUGAUAUA